AUGAAGUUUGCGACAGGCGCGGCGGCCCUCGGCCUUUGGCUCGGCCACGCAGUAGCAAUCCACGUGGCGAAGGGUUCACCUUGCGAAUCACUCUGCGGCAACGUGCUGGAUGCGACAACGGAGGACGAUGUUGUAUGCAAAGAGGAGGACUACGCUGAUAGCAGCGCGGGUCGUGUUUACCAGCAAUGCCUGUCCUGCGAGUUGACCAGCGACUUCGUUACCCAAACUCAAACGGAUACUCAAUGGCUCCUUUACAACCUCCGAUAUGCUGUCUCGUACUGCGUCUUCGGCUUUCCAGAUAACCCCAAUGUCGGUUCAAGUCCGUGUCUCACGAGAACUGCUUGCGAACCAUUGCAAAAGGCCAUAACGUAUAACGAGUUGGCGCCUAACGGUACUGAAUAUGAUUACUGCACCGGUUGGGACCAUAAUCAGAUUUCCAGCUGUGCAGCCUGUCUUCGUGCCGGGGACAGACACUACUUGACCAACUUCAUCACCAUUUUAGAUGCUGGGUGUCAACAAAAGCCCAGUCCCGGACAGACAGUCUCGGUAGAGGGUUCGCCAUUCUCCAAGACCCGGGUCAACGUCACUGACCCGAUGCCAACGAACACGUACGUGCCAAACUACGACAAUGGCCCCAUCAACCUGGGAGCCAAAGUUGGUAUUGCGAUUGGCGCCUUGCUUCUUAUCCUGGGUGUGGUUGGUUUCUGCAUUGUGUGGAACGGCAAAAGGAGGAGAAGAGCGUUCUUGAAGAGACUGGAGAUGAAGCAAAAGGGACCCGCCACUGGCUGGCCGUCGCCACUAAACGUAGCCGGACUUAAUGGUACUCCGCUCAGCCAACGGCCGCUGCGAAGCUGGGAUGACACGCCCAACAGCUCGAGACCAACACGUGGCUGGGACGAGUCCCCUCUGAGCCCGCAAGGCGAAAAGCCUUUCCCGAGAUACUUCUCGCCAUACUCUUCACAGUAUAACAGUCCAGUUAGCGGCACGGAGGCGCAGAACAUGCAGUGGCCGAUUAACGAUGUAAACCAGAGGGGCCAGCCUCAGGAAAUCGGCCUUGCUUUUGGAGGUGACGACGCGGAACAGGGUUGGCAAGAAUCCAACAAAGGCAAGGGAAGAACCGAGUCAUAUGAGUUGAGAGAGGUCGAUGGUGAGUGGGACGCGCGACAGAGGCACCCGAGCCCACCUAUACUUCAGCAUCCUGCGCAUACAAUGUACGCAGAGCAUAACCCAGCUGCGUAUCAUGGGGUGAUAGAAGAGAACGUAAGAAGAGGAUACAUUUAA